AUACAGAUAUGUACGUAUAUAGUAAUAAAAUGUGAAAUAGUUUAAAAUGGUGGAAUCUUUAAAGUUAACCAAUGACCAACUAAAAGGACUUGUAUUUUCAGAUGAGGUAGAGGAAUCUUUAAAAGAGGUAAUAAAUAGCACAGAUCCUUUAGAUGGAAAAGAUUUUAAUCCUGUCGAAUAUAUUAAUACAUUGUUUCCAACAGAACAGUCAUUGGCAAAUAUAGAUGAAGUAGUUGCACGAGUUCGUCUUCGUAUUCGUAAGCUUGACAAUGAAAUACAUGCAUCAAUUAGAAGUCAAACAGAUGUUGCAAAUAAUGGGAAACAGGCAUUAGAAGAAGCAAAAGAAGCAAUUCGAGAAGUAUUUUCAAAGAUUAAAGAUAUUAAGGAAAAAGCAGAUAAAUCUGAAGAAAUGGUUAAAGAAAUAACAAGAGACAUCAAACAGCUUGACCAUGGUAAAAAACACUUGACUACAUCUAUAACUACACUGAAUCAUUUGCAUAUGUUAGUUGGUGGAGUUGAUACCUUAAUGGUUUUAACAAAAAAUCGACAAUAUGGCGAAAUUGCAAAUUUACUGCAAGGGGUCUUAAAUGUUUUAGACCAUUUUAAGAAGUAUAACAACAUACCUCAAAUAAAGCAGCUCUCUGAUAGAGUCAGAGUGAUCCAAGAAAGUCUUGGAACACAAAUUUUAGCAGACUUCAGAGAAAGUUUAUCAGACCCUGAUUUAAAGCCUCCUACUGGACCAAGUUCGUUGUUAGCAGAUUCGUGUAAAGUUGUCAGUAUUCUUGAUCCAAGAAUUAAAGAAGAGCUUCUAAUGUGGUUUGUAAAACUUCAGCUAUCUGAUUAUUUGAAUGUAUUCAAUGAAAAUUUUGAUAUAGCAUGGAUUGAUAAAAUUGAUAGACGUUAUUCAUGGAUGAAACGUGUAUUAAUACAGUUUGAAGAGAAUUUUCAUGGAAUGUUUCCAGCAGAUUGGGGUGUUGAUGAACGAAUAUGUGUUGAAUUUUGCAAUAUUACAAAAAAUGAGCUUGGUAAGAUUAUGGAUCGUCGUGCUGUUGACAUUGAUGUUAAGCUUCUUUUAUUUGCAAUUCAGCGUACUACAGCAUUUGAAGGGUUUAUCUCUAAGAGAUUUACUUACAGUCAUUUAAGAGCAGAAAAGGUAUCUAGUGAUUCAUAUUUUAGUGGUUCAAUUAGCAAGGUAUUUGAAGUUCAUUUGCAUAUUUACAUUGAAGCACAAGACAGAAAUCUUCAUGAAUUAAUGGAUAAAUUUCAUUCUGAUCUAAAAUUACAUGGAGUACCACCAUUAGGGGAAGAAGCUGAAGGUGCAAUACUCCCUAGUGCUGGUGAACUUUUUGUGUUUUACAAGAAAUGUAUGGUACAGUGUAUUCAACUAAGUACUGGUAAGGCUCUACAAUCAUUGACCAUGACAUUUAAAAAAUACUUGCUAGAAUAUGCAAACAAACUUCUAAUGGCAAAUUUACCCAAAGUUGAAGGAAGUAGUCUUGUUAGCAUUUUAAAAGAUACAGAAGUAAAAUUUAAUGAAGACGAAAAAAGAUUAAUUUGUUGUGCACUAACCACUGCAGAGUACUGUCAAGAAACAACUGUACAAUUGCAAGAAAAGCUGAAAGAAAAAGUAGAUAAAGAGUUAGUUGAUAACAUAGAUUUGAAUGCAGAACAAGAUGCUUUUCACAAUGUUAUAUCUUGUGCUAUUCAACUUCUUGUUCAGGAUCUUGAAAAUGCUUGUGAACCAGCUCUAAUUGCCAUGACAAAAAUACAUUGGCAAAGUAUUGAAUCUGUGGGUGACCAAAGUAGUUAUGUAACAGCAAUUAUCUCCCAUCUGCGCAAAUUAAUUCCAACUAUAAGAGACAAUUUGUAUUCAUCUAGAAAGUAUUUUACACAGUUUUGCAUUAAGUUUGUGAAUUCUUUUAUUCCGCGAUACAUCAACAACAUUUACAAAUGCAAACCUAUUAGUACUGUUGGUGCUGAACAGCUCCUUCUUGACACCCAUUCUAUAAAAACAGUUCUUUUGGAUCUGCCAACACUUUCUUCUGCUAUUCAACGAAAGCCACCUGCAAGUUUUACAAAAGUUGUUAAUAAAGGAAUGACAAAAGCUGAAAUGAUCUUAAAGAUUGUUAUGUCUUCUCAUACUACUCAAGUCAGUUUUGUGGAAAGUUACAUAAAGUUGUUAGCUGAUGCUGACACAUCAAACUUUCAGAAACUUUUAGACAUGAAAGGUCUGAAAAGGAGCGAACAGAAUGCGUUACUAGAUAUUUUUAAAACUCAGAUGGCAAGUAAUCCAAACAACAACGAGAACUUAAAGGAAACCUCAGUGAGCGACUCAAGUCGAAUAAAACGUUUAGAAAAAUUAAUCAAAAAACAGUUUUAACAAUUAAUUUUUUUAUUGUAUGUUGCUGUUUUUGAAAAAAUAUUUAUUAUCUUUUAA